GCACAAAAACAGGAAAGUGGACGAAAUAUUAUGUACUCCGUAUUACUUAAAGAAAGUUGUGUUUUUUCAAUAUAUAUCAGGUUUCUCCGGCAUCCUAGAAAAUGGCACUGUCCUCAGCUUUGCGCGGUAUAUUAGGGGGAUGUUUGGCACAUUCACCAAACCAUGUAUCUCAACUUGCUUCGGUUCGACUCUGUUCAACCCUGACUACCUCUAAGCUCUUCAUCAGUGGUCUUGCUAGACACACUUCAGACGAAGGCCUAAGGAAAGCAUUCGAGCCAUUUGGGAAUCUCGUUGAGGCUAAAGUUGUUACAGAUAGAGCUACCGGGAGGUCCAAGGGGUUUGGGUUUGUUACCUACGAAACGAUUGAAGAGGCUCAAAAAGCUCGGGAAGGACUGAAUGCUAAGUACUUGGACGGUUGGGUCAUUUUUGUGGACCCCGCCAAGCCGAGGGAGUUUAGGCCUCCGCCUCAAGUUGAGCGGGAGGCGCCGAGUUUGGGUAUCAUGAGCAACAAGACCGUCGGUUGGUCUGGUUGACACUUUUGUGGAUUUCUGGGUAUUGAGAAUAGUGUUAAUUUUUUGGUAAUGGGUUGUGGAAGAGGUCCUUGAUGCAACACAUUGUGAUUGAUUAAUAUGUGGGAGAUUUCAUGUCUUUAGUUCAAAAAAUGUAGCACAUUGUGACACUUAUAAUUGGCGCUGCUUUCUUUGUUUUG